AUGAACAAAACAGCUUCACAAAAUGCCGUACAGCCUACACGGACAACGUUGGACAAGCACUGCACAGUUCAGUGCGCGUCAAAUUGCGUGGUUUGGUGUACGUUAAAUUGCGCGUUGAAUUGCAUGUUUAAUUGCACGUCGAGUUGUGUGGUGGGUUGCGCGUUAAAAUGCGCGAGUCGGCGCAUGUCAAAUUGCGCAGUGCGGUGCAGCCAAUGUUUUGCGAUUUGCGCGUUAAAUCCAUGUUGCGUGACCCCAGCUGCAGUGCAGUGCGGUACGCACUGCACACUUCAGUGCGCGUCAAAUUGCGUGGUUCAGUGCACGUUAAAUUGCACGUUGAAUUGCACAUCUAAUUGCAUGUCGAGUUGUGUGAUGGGUUGCGCGUUAAAUCGCGCGAGUCAGCGCAUGUCAAAUUGCGCACACUGCACACUUCAGUGCGCGUCAAAUUGCGUGGUUCAGUGCACGUUAAAUUGCACGUUGAAUUGCACAUCUAAUUGCAUGUCGAGUUGUGUGAUGGGUUGCGCGUUAAAUCGCGCGAGUCAGCGCAUGUCAAAUUGCGCAGUGCUGUGCGGCCAAUGUUUAUCGAUUUGCGCGUUCAAUCGUGGUGCGGUGCGGUGCGCUGCAGUGCGGUGCGGCGCGGUGCGCGGUCCCAAAUGA